AGUCUUACCAGGACGAGACUGUUUAGUUAGAUACACAGUGGGCUUGUUUGUUGUUACCACUACAAUUUUAAUAAUUCUACGUGUAAUCGUUUUGGUCUUAAAAUAAGGUUUUCCAAAGCUAAAGAGAAUGUAUGUUCGUUAUUCUUCGGUUUAAAAUUCGCGGCUCUGUGUAACCCCACUGAAAAUCGCCUUGAACAACUUUCUCAAGGAAAGCCAGUCAAAAAUCUGUAUAGGUUGGGAAUGAAGUUCUACCGCCAUAGCCCGAUUUUGUCUGGUCUCGCUGUUAUAUUUUGGAGUUUAGUUGUUGUUGACGGUCGGUUCAAACGAUGUUUCACAUGCAGGUCACGUGGUAGCCUUGGGGACUGCAGGGAUCCUUUUAUACUCAAUAGUACAACGGUGGAGGAGUUAUCAGGUAUUGAAGCCUCACCAUGCGCCUCAGGAUGGUGUGCCAAGGUCGUUGAAGGAGAAGAAAACGAUUUCGACGUUGCUACUGAACGAUUGUGCUUGCAAAGACCGCCACAAGAUAGCGAAGAGAGAUGUGCCGACACAAUUUACGAAGAUCGACGAGUUUUUAUGUGUUUUUGUCGGGGGGACUUAUGUAAUAGUGGAGUAACAAUCACCCUGGGGAUGAUGGUCCAGCUUUCUGUGUUCCUAACAAUCAUCACCUGGUGGAAGAUCACUUAACGCGUUUUAAUCACCAUAUGAGCUCAACAAUAAUAUUUGGAGUCGGAUAGCUUUUUCAAUAAUUUUUUUUAAUCAUAUUAAGUCUCUUUCUUUUUGUCUUUGAAAAUUUAACUAAUCAUACGAAAUUAAACUUUUAUAAGACACUUUUCAAGUCUAAAGCGGUCAGUAUUUUUUAUUUAGAAUAAGUACUCUAAUUAAGGUUAGCAUGCAUUUUUUUCUGUCCUAUUUUAUUAAUCGUGUGCGCUAUAUUGAACAUAUUCGAGUUUUUAUUUUCCACAGAAUAUUUCGUUGCACACCAACUCAGAAAUACAGGUUACUGUCAAGGUCAAGGCAAUAAGAGAUAAAAUCGCAAAGUAAGGUGAAAUGACUACAAACUAUUUGUUUCGCUAACGUUAGGAAUAAAUUCCUAAAAAUAUCGAAUGUCCAGAAAUUACCAAGAGUAUGUUUCGAUAAAAUCUUAUAAAUGUGGAGCUGAAGUGAGACGAAAAUUAAGGGUUAAGGGCGAUUGGAAGGUACAAAAUAGAUACGAAAAAUAGCGAAGGGGGUACUAUUACUAUGUAGUGUAGAAUUUGAAUAUUCUCAAUUUAUUUUUUAUUCAAAUGGCUUGUAAUUUUCAACAUUCUGUGAUAUAUUGUUAUAGAAAUGAAUAUCAAGAUAUAUAUAUAUAUCACAAUGUUUUGUAUUAUUAAGAAGUGCAGUUAUGAAUAAAGUUUGUAUGCAACAGAAGAACCAUCUAUCU